AUGGCCCAAUGCACCGUUUCCCAUCACGGGCCUUGCCUCACCAGAGGUCUGUACGGCAAGGGUCUCAGCGGCAGCAUACCCACCAGCAUUGGCGCCCUCCCUGAGCUGCGAUUCCUGGACCUAUCAAGGAACCAGCUUACAGGGCCCCUCCCGCCGUCCUUUGCCAACCCUGGUGGUCUGGAGGAUCUGGACCUCAGUUACAACCAGCUCAGUGGCUCCAUACCUGCAGACUAUAGCAGGCUUGCAGGCCUGCUGCGACUGCGCCUGAACGACAACCAGCUCUCAGGAGCCAUACCAGAGGACAUGCUUCCAGCCAUGUCCAACGUUAAAAUCUUUCUCCUCCACAACAACCAGCUCACGGGCUCGAUUCCUGCCAAAAUAAACAUGUUGCUACCUCUUGAACAGCUGUAA